CUGGAGCCUUGUCACCGGGUGAAACUGAGUUAUUUGGGAGGACGAACACAGAGGGGCCGUGCAGGUUUAGCUGAAAGACUCGUUGAAUCCUGGUUUAUAUGCGCGGGCACUCCACCAUCAUGGAACUGAAGAAAUCUAUUUCGGAUACCGAGCGCGCGCUCAGGAGCUACGGCGCCGUGUCGGAAACGGCAUGGACAACGGACAAAGGUCAUUCAGAUGUAUCCAUGGCAGAGAGCACCAUGGCUCCCGAGGAGAUCGAGGUCGAGAUGACUCGUAUCCAGCGCCUGCGAGAGGUUCUGGUGCGCCGCGAGUCAGAGCUACGCUUCAUGAUGGAUGACAUUCAGCUUUGCAAAGACAUCAUGAGUUUAAAGCAGGAGCUGAGACAGAUUGUCGCAGUACCAGAGAAAGAAAAAAACAAGAAACACAAGCAGCGGGAAGAAGAGCUGAUCCUGAAGAUCCAUAAGCUAGUGCAGAAGAGGGAUUUCCUGGUCGACGAUGCAGAGGUGGAGAGAUUAAGGGAGCGUGAGGAGGACAAGGAGAUGGCUGAGUUCCUCAGACUGAAGCUGAUGCCUCUGGAGAAGAAGCUCAAAGUCACACAAACACCUCCAAAGCCCAAGAGACAAAUCUCAGAGCCGCCGCCCAACAAACCAUCCAUCACCAAGUCAGGAGUGGCCAUCAUUAAGGAUUGCUGCGGAGCCACCCAGUGUGCGGUCAUGUAACUGACAGAGACCUCUUUUUGACCCCGCCCACGUGUCAGACACAACACACUCGCACCACACGACAUGCCAUACAUCACUUCCUGUGACUCAGAGAACCUUCGUUAGCUGUGAAACUGUUCAGGAAUCAGUUUUUGUAAUUUAAUCGCAGAUAAAGUUUCAGCUUAGAGUUUGGAAACUGAUCCCUAAUCAGUACUCAAGGGGAACCUUACAGUACAGUAUGGAGCUUCUGCAAGUGAAGACCCUUGUCCACAGUGUGUAGACAGGGAAGGGAAAGGAGACUGAAAAGGAAAUUAUAAAUAACAAUCUGACAUAUGUAUAUAUGUCCCAUUUCAUGUAACAUUCCUUUAAGAUGACAUGGUCUAUGAUCAUGUGGUUGAUAGAGAGUACAUGCAUUUACAGAACUACAAGCACAAUGUCCAUUGAGAGAAGUAUAAAUGCUGGGGUUCUUUGUCUGACAGGAAGAAAACAUCUGUUAUUGUCCCGUCAUGUUUGACAACGGGUAUUUAUUCUUCCAUUUCAGCCCUUUAACAUCAACCAGUGAACCUCUUUCACUUUCAGGACUCCCACAUGUCUGUGUUUUUAUCUUUGUUUCCAGGUGGGAUGAACACAUGUGGUUCAGACCAACAAUAUGGCUGCCGAUUGAAUGACUGGUAUAUAAAUAUGAGACAGGGGCAGCAGCCAAUAGAUGCUUUUUUACUGGAGCUGAGCAAUAUUUUUGACUCCAUGCUUUGUCUCGAACAGCAGUUUAGCAGUUGAAUUCUCUAUCUGUGAAUCUGUAAUAUCCGCUGUACUGGGUAUAAAGCUUAAAAAAAAACAUGGUGGUCAUUGAAAGAGAAAAAAAGGACAAAGCUUGCACACAACUUGAUGAAUGCGGGCUUCAGUGCUGAUCUGACCACAACUCCACUGCAACGUUGCUACAAAGAUGGGUUGUAUUGGACUGAAUGCCAAUAAAUAGCAUCUGUCUGCUUUAAAAGGAGUCUGAAAAUGUAGAUGUACUGGCUGCCAAAGCAACAUGACACAAUGAACUUCAAAGAGCCCAAAUCAUCUGUGUCCAAACAGCAGGAGUUUAAGCAUCUUUAAAAUUAGAUAAAUUAUUAAUAAUGUCCAAGAGAACGGUUUCAACAGCUGUUCCUUUAUGUCCCUUAAAACUUCCCAAGUGUGAUCAAUUAAUUUUCUUUGCACAGCAUACACUUCUUUUACUUUUAGUAGGCUAAAAAGGCAGAAUGUUGUAGAAAAUAUAUAAAUGGAAACGUACAUGUAAAAUAAUAACUUUAAGAUCAUUUCAUAGCACCACAGUGAAGCAUGUCCACACUUGUGCAUUUCACUCUAGAGGUUAAUGCUAACUGGCAUGCAAUCUCAUAAGACCCACCUCUGCAGCAGCGUUUCUUCUAGUGAUUUUGUGACCUCAAUCUUAUUUUGGUUAACCCCUGUAUAUGCCAAUGUUUUAUUCAACAUGGUGGGGUGUUUGUUGUUUAAAUGGUCCACUAUGCUUACUCAUUCCCCAGUCACCACAUCACCGGCCAUACUAUCAUCAUCUCAACCAACAGCUACCGGGAAUUAUUGACUGUGGUAAUAUGACAUCAUUCAGUCAUUAUAUUGCUAACAACCACUUGCAUCCUCUGAAUUUAGUCUUGCAUUUUUAUGACCCCAGGAAAUGAAUGUAAAUGCCUACAAUAGACUGUGUAUGUUUGAGUGUAUUUAGGACAUUAGUGACUAAGUGUUGCUCUUUGUCACUUUCCCUUCCUUCUGACAACUUAGCGUUCUGUAGUAGUAGUGAAUUUAAUAAAGGUCCUAACAUUGAAUAUUGAACAAAUAUGCAGAAAAUAACUACCUGUACAUAUAUGUUUAAAUAAAGAGCAUCUUUCAGCAA